ACCACUGUGCCACAACGGGAACUCCAAACUUUGAUCCUAACAGAUGAAAUUUGGAGGGUUAUUUGGUCGGCCUCUCUGGUAACGGUGUCCACUCGUGUGAGGGGUGUGUGUGUGGGGGGGGAUGUGGGUGCACCUGGGCUGAGGAGAGCAGGUAAAGGGACCCAGGUGAAGGGAGUCUGGAUGUGGAGGAAAGAGAGUCUGAGGAAGGAGUCCCAAAGGAAGACGGGGCUGGUCUCCCAGACUACAGGUGUCAGGCUACCAAGGAGUCACCAGAGGCCAGCAGACCAGGUAGGGUCCUGCCAGCUGGUGCUCAAACUGGGCUCAGUGGAUGAUCAUACAUCGGACAAGAGAGAGAAAGGCCAGAAACGUAAACAUAGGAGGUCAAGUCAGAAGACCACGGCGAGACAGCUGUGCUUCCAGAGACCCAGAGAUGUCACUUCCUUCUAUCCGUCCAUCUAUCCAUCCCUCCAUCCAUCUUCCCACCCACCUGCACAGAGGUAAUCCCAGCCUGCGGAGGAAGGGAGCUCAUCAAUCCCUGGCCGAGACCCAAGGGCAGCUCCAAGGCCAGGGAGGGGAAGUGACCAAGCAGAGUCGGGCAAGCUCUGGCCUAGAAGCCAAGAGCCUGGUUCUCUUGGCCCUGCCACUGACCAGCUGUGGUCGUGUGGCUUGACCAUUCUGGAUCUCAGUCUCCUCACCUGUCAAAUGGGGACAGUUGGACCAGAGGAUGGUGGGGGCUUUCCUGUUCUGACAUUCCAUGGCUGACCCUUUAGCCCCUGAUGUCACAAUAUCGAGUCGGAUCGUGAUUGGCCCCUAGCCUCACCCGGCUCUGCUGUUCUCUUGGUCAUGGGCACAAGAUGGACUUGCCCUGGACCUUCCCUACUUGUGCUCUUCUGUUAUGGGCAGCUCUUGCCAUGGCUCAGGGCCAAGGUGGGGUUGGGACCCGAAGGAGCAUGGGACUGGGCCAGGGGACCAGGCCGGGGCAGGCCCCUGCCAGGACAGCACGAUGCCCAUCUCCUUCUCCACAGACGAGCUCUACAGUGAGACCGUGGCAAAGGCCUUCCUGCAGUUUUACGAGCGUACAGCCCAGGUUGUGUGGAACCAGUUCAUGGAGGCGACCUGGAACUAUGUCACCAACAUCACCAAUAAAAAUCGAGAGGAGAUGCUGCGCAAGGACGUGGAGCGGUCCCAGCACACGCUGUACUUUGGCACCCGGGCCCGUCUGUUUAAGAUCGACGACUUCCAGGACCCGGACGUGAGGCGCAUGCUGAGUAAGCUGCAGAACCUAUGCAAGGCGGCCCUGCCCGAGGACGAGCUCCGGGAGUACAACCAGAUUCUGGCCUACAUGGAGACCACGUACAGCAUGGCCCAGGUGUGCCUGAACGAGGGGCCCUGCCUGCCCCUGGAACCUGACCUCGAGGAAGUCAUGGCCACCUCCCGGGACCAGAAGGAGCUGCUGUGGGCCUGGCAGGGCUGGCGGGAUGCUGUGGGGCGCCAGCUCCGCAUGACCUUCGAGCGCUACGUUCAGCUCAGCAACAAGGCUGCGGAGCUCAAUGGUUACGAAGACAUGGGGGCCAUGUGGCGAUCCGUGUAUGAGUCCGACACACUGGAGCAGGACGUGGAGCAGCUUUACGAGGAGCUGCAGCCACUCUACCUGAACCUGCACGCCUACGUGCGCCGGGGGCUCUACCGCUUCUACGGGCCCCAGCUCAUCGACCCAAGGGGGCCCAUCCCUGCCCACAUCCUGGGGAACAUGUGGGCCCAGUCCUGGGUCAGCAUCCUAGACCUGGUCCUGCCCUUCCCAGAGAAGCCCCCUGAGGACAUCACGAAGAUCAUGAAAGGCCAGCACUGGAAGCCGGAGAAAAUGUUCCAAGAGGCUGAAAAGUUCUUCACCUCCCUGGGGCUGCUUUCCACCCCUCCUGAGUUCUGGAAAAACUCCAUGAUGGAAAGGCCAACAGACGGGCGGGAGGUGGAGUGCCACGCAUCGGCCUGGGACUUCUACAACGGCGAGGACUUCAGGAUAAAGAAGUGCACGGAGGUGACCAUAGAAGACCUGCUCUCCAUCUUCCACCAGAUGGGCCAUAUCCAGUACUUCCUGCAGUAUAAGAACCUCUCUGUGAUCUUCCGCGCAGGCGCCAACCCAGCCUUUGAAGAGGCCGUGGGGUCGGUGAUCACCCUCUCGGCCUCGUCCCACAAGCACCUGCUUAACAGAGGCCUGCUCAGCCACCAGCACCAGGACGAAGAGGAGGAGGUCAAUUUCCUGAUGAGCAUGGCCCUGGAGAAGAUCGCCUUCAUCCCCUUCGCUUACCUCAUGGACCGGUUUCGCUGGAAGGUCUUUGACGGCACCAUCCGGAAGGCCGUCUACAACCAGGAGUGGUGGAACCUCAGGCUGAAGUACCAGGGCCUGUGCCCCCCUGUCCCUCGGACAGAGGACGACUUUGAUCCAGGCGCCAAGUUCCACGUCUCUGCCAGCAUGCCCUACAUACGGUACUUCCUCAGCCUCAUGCUCCAGUUCCAGAUCCACGAGGCACUCUGCAAGGCCUCGGGCCACGUGGGACCCCUGCACCGCUGUGACAUCUAUAACUCGAAGAAGGCUGGGAAGCUCCUGGCGGAUGUCCUAAAGCUGGGCUCCAGCAAGCCCUGGCCAGAGGUCCUGCAGAAGAUAACUGGGGAGACCAAGGUGUCUACAAAGGCCAUCAUGACCUACUUCAAGCCCCUGCUGAACUGGCUGGUCACUGAGAAUGUACGGCAUGGGGAGAUCCUGGGCUGGCCAGACUUCAGCUGUUCCUUGGAACAAUCCUUUGACAAAGAAACAGACAGGGCAGCAUUCCUGGGUCUGGAACUGAACCCUGACCAGGCCAAAUCCGGGCAGUGGGUGUUGCUGGCCCUGAGCUUUGUCAUGUUACUCGUGGUCCUGCUGCUGGCCUACAAACUGUACACCCUGGAAAAAAAGUCACUGGCCCAAGAUACCAGCGCACGGGACACAAGUGUGCAGGACACCAGUACACAGGAUAACAGUGUACACGUGCCACCACCCAAAGCCUACUUCCUGGGCACAGCCAUGGAGCCCCACCAAGUUGUCAGAAGACAGUGGAUGCUGCUGGGCCUCUGUCUCAUCCUGAUGCUGUGCUCAGUUGGCCUGAUCAUUCGGAUUUUCACGCAGCACAGCUGGAAGCCUCCGUGGAUGAGAGAUGAAUGGUGGAGCUGGGACUAAGACACCGCGUGACUGCCAGCCUGCCCCCCUCACACUCAGGGACAGCCAGGACAACUCUGCCCCCCAGGAGGCCACACUUGCUGCCCUUCCAUCCCCCAGCCACAGUGGCCAAUGAGGCCUCCAUCAGGCAUUGUGGCUCUGCGUGGCAAAGGCACAUCCAGCCCAGGACUCCAAGCCUCUCACCUGGACUCCAGCAAAAACCUCUCUGAGCCUCCUUGUCCAACCUCCCUCCCCCACCCGCCACUGUAGUUCCUUUCACUGGAAUGUUUCUUUCAUGUCUAACUGCUUAAGAACGUGGU